AUGGCUUCCCUCGUACAAAAUAUUAUCGACAAGAUCCAGGGCAAGGGCGAGGAAACCCCCCGCGAACCCUCCGCCGAAGAGCUGCAACAGCUUCGACAAAAGUACGAAACUGCCAACCAAGGGCAUGUUUUCAAAUUCUACGAUGAACUCAAAUCUGCCGAGAAGGCUCAACUCUUCCAACAACUUUCCACUUUUAACCCCAAUCGCAUCAAUGAGCUUGCCGAAAUCGCUCUUCAUCCUCUCAAGACCUCCGACGAACCUGCUAAACUCGAACCCUUGCCCACAUCCGCCACAGCUUCGAUGCUAGAUUCAGAUCAGAAGGAUUUGGAGAAAUAUUAUAAUGAGGGCUUGAGAUUGGUUUCGGAAAACAAGGUUGCUGUGGUGCUCAUGGCUGGUGGACAGGGUACCCGUCUCGGUAGCUCUGCUCCCAAGGGAUGCUUUGAUAUCGGUCUUCCAAGCCACAAAUCCCUGUUCCAGCUCCAAGCAGAACGUAUUGCCAAGAUUCAGAGUCUGGCUGAGAAGACACAUAACAAGAAGGCUGUUGUGCCGUGGUAUGUCAUGACCAGUGGUCCGACGAAUAAGCCUACUGAGGAAUUCUUCCAACAACACAAUUACUUUGGCUUGGACAAGGCCAAUGUCAAAUUCUUCCAGCAGGGUGUCUUGCCCUGCAUCUCAAAUGACGGAAAGAUUCUGUUAGAGAGCAAAGCCAAGGUGGCUGUUGCACCGGACGGUAACGGUGGUAUUUACCAAGCACUUAUCACAUCUGGUGUGCGAGAGGAUAUGCGAAGGAGAGGCGUUGAGCACGUUCAUACCUAUUGUGUCGAUAACUGCCUCGCCAAGGUCGCCGACCCUGUGUUUAUUGGCUUUGCAGCCACCAAGGACGUUGAUAUCGCCACCAAGGUGGUCCGGAAACGCAAUGCCACCGAGUCCGUGGGUUUGAUUCUGCAGAAGAACGGCAAGCCUGACGUCGUGGAAUACUCAGAGAUCGACAAGGAAACGGCUGAAGCCAAGGACCCAGAACACCCUGAGAUGCUUAAGUUCCGUGCUGCCAACAUUGUCAACCACUACUACUCCUUCCGAUUCCUAGAAACAAUUGAAUCUUGGGCUCACAAGCUUCCCCACCACGUUGCGCGCAAGAAGAUCCCUUGCGUCGACAUGGAGAGCGGAGACUCGCUGAAGCCCGAGAAGCCUAACGGCAUCAAAUUGGAACAAUUCGUCUUUGAUGUGUUCCCCUUGACUCCACUUGAGAAGUUCGCCUGCAUUGAAGUCCGCCGAGAAGACGAAUUCUCGCCUCUCAAGAAUGCCCGAGGCACGGGACAAGAUGACCCUGAUACCAGCAAGCAGGAUAUCAUGCUUCAAGGCAAGCGUUGGGUUGAACAGGCCGGAGCCGUUGUUGUCACUGAGAGCGACAAUGCCGGCGUCGAGGUGUCUCCUCUUAUUAGCUACAGCGGCGAAGGAUUAGCUUUUGUAAAAUCGAAAGAGAUCCGAGCACCAGCAGUGAUCGAAAAGGAGGGCGAUGCAUAA